AUGGAUCAGAGCAACAAUGUACAUGUGAGGUGGAAUAAGCAUCAAGCUACUUUGAUGUCUCUUUUUGGUGGUCUGUUCGACAGUGAGAGGUUAACAGACUGCACUAUUAGUGCUGAGGGGCAGCAUUUGAGAGCGCAUAAAAUAAUUCUUUCAGCUUGUAGCCCAUACUUAGAGGAACUGUUCACUGAAAACUCUGUGAAACAUCCAGUCAUUAUCCUGCAUGAUGUAAAAUAUGAUGUGCUUAAGGCUUUGAUGGACUUCAUGUACCAUGGUGAAGUAAAUGUACUGCAAAAGGAGUUUAGUGGUGUUCUGAAACUCUCGGAGUCCCUUCAGGUAAGGGGUCUGUCUCACAGUGGAUGUAUAGAUGAUGUCAACAUACAGAAAGGGAGUGGAAGCAAUGCACUAUCAGUACCUCCAGAAACUCUCCCAUUUCAACCUGCAUCUGUGUCGUGCUUUACCCCAGCUCAAAAUGAAGCAGAAGAAAAGAUGCAGCCAUAUAGUGAAUGCUAUCAAACUGUGUUGUCCCAGGAAAGAAGUUCUGUGGAAGUAGACUUGGUUCCUAAUCCCUUUCGAAAGUACGAAAAAAAUAUUAAUCACUGUGGUUCUGAUCAGAGAGCAGGCCGAAAUGUAUUCGAAGAUGUUAUUACUCGUGACUGUGAUAGUAAUUGUCGACUUCCAUCUCGUCAGCAAAUACUGUCUACAUCAAAUAACCCUACUGGUGGAGCAGCUUUCAGUCCAGCCCCCCAUCAUUCUGUGCGCAGUCAGUUGCAGAUCUCCCGUGAAGAAUUGACUUUUGAUCUGAUUGUUGCAGAAAAGGAACAGUUUUCAACUCCAGAAACAGUAUUAAUUCAUCAGAAACCAGCAAGCCUGCUGCGGGUUCGGGGUCACAUGGAAGUAGUGGAAGUACAGGACAGUGAUGAUGAUCAGGAUGAUAAUGGUGGUGAUUAUCCUGAUGAUGAUGACAGUGCUCAUGAAGACAUUGUGGAGGGCAGGACAUGCUCAGAGCCAUUUGAACCUCCCUCUCACCCGUCCCCUCCCUCUCACCCGUCCCCUCCCUCUCACCCGUCCCCUCCCUCUCACCCGUCCCCUCCCUCUCACCCGUCCCCUCCCUCUCACCCGUCCCCUCCCUCUCACCCGUCCCCUCCCUCUCACCCGUCCCCUCCCUCUCACCCGUCCCCUCCCUCUCACCCGUCCCCUCCCUCUCACCCGUCCCCUCCCUCUCACCCGUCCCCUCCCUCUCACCCGUCCCCUCCCUCUCACCCGUCCCCUCCCUCUCACCCGUCCCCUCCCUCUCACCCGUCCCCUCCCUCUCACCCGUCCCCUCCCUCUCACCCGUCCCCUCCCUCUCACCCGUCCCCUCCCUCUCACCCGUCCCCUCCCUCUCACCCGUCCCCUCCCUCUCACCCGUCCCCUCCCUCUCACCCGUCCCCUCCCUCUCACCCGUCCCCUCCCUCUCACCCGUCCCCUCCCUCUCACCCGUCCCCUCCCUCUCACCCGUCCCCUCCCUCUCACCCGUCCCCUCCCUCUCACCCGUCCCCUCCCUCUCACCCGUCCCCUCCCUCUCACCCGUCCCCUCCCUCUCACCCGUCCCCUCCCUCUCACCCGUCCCCUCCCUCUCACCCGUCCCCUCCCUCUCACCCGUCCCCUCCCUCUCACCCGUCCCCUCCCUCUCACCCGUCCCCUCCCUCUCACCCGUCCCCUCCCUCUCACCCGUCCCCUCCCUCUCACCCGUCCCCUCCCUCUCACCCGUCCCCUCCCUCUCACCCGUCCCCUCCCUCUCACCCGUCCCCUCCCUCUCACCCGUCCCCUCCCUCUCACCCGUCCCCUCCCUCUCACCCGUCCCCUCCCUCUCACCCGUCCCCUCCCUCUCACCCGUCCCCUCCCUCUCACCCGUCCCCUCCCUCUCACCCGUCCCCUCCCUCUCACCCGUCCCCUCCCUCUCACCCGUCCCCUCCCUCUCACCCGUCCCCUCCCUCUCACCCGCGCUCAGAAUUUCUGGAACAACUGUAUCUGCAAUUUGGAGGAGAAUCUUUGCCAUGGAUUAUCUGUUAUUCACGAACGAGUGAAGAUUCCGCUCUGCAGAACUUGGAGAAAGAUUGCUUCCUGCAUGAAGAUGAUCAACUUGGAGAUAAUUCUUUUCCUGUUAUUCAAAGGGAACUGAAAUUUCCUUGUGUCACUGAAGUAGUUCAUCCAGCUUUAUACAAGAGUUUAUAG